ACUCUGAAAAAGAGGAAAAAAGUUGAUGAUGAGUUUAGUGUGAAAGCGGCCCGCCUCAGAGCAGGCUAACCGUCCAAGAAUGGCAGUUUGGACCCGAGCGGACAAAAACGGUCAACUGGACCUUCUGCUCCGGGACCGCUGGAUCCGAGUGGCCGCCGAACUCACCCGAGAAACUCUGACUUUGACGGCCGAGGCGGAGGCGACCGGACAGGGGGGCAACCACUGGGACUACAGCAACUCUUCCGCGGGCCUGCGAAAUGGCAUGUCGAACGGAAACGACCCUGGAACGAGUCCGGGGAACCCUGGCCGCGGUCUGUCCACGGGUCAGGACCAACUCCAGAACCAGAACCACGGGGGGCGGGGGCGCAGUGGCAGUCCGGGGCGCGGGGGCGCCAGUCGGGGUCAAUACGACGGCAACUACGGCAUAAACAGCCCCGGGAAGUACCCAAAUAACGGCACAAACUCAGACUUUGGAAGCCCAGGUUCCAGCUACGGCAGUCCCGGGUCCAGCUUCGGGUCGAGACAAGGCGACUUUCCCGUCAGUCUGGACGGCUCCUCGGAAGCUGUGCGGAAAGUCCGAGUUGUCAAACAGGAGUCUGGCGGGCUGGGGAUCAGUAUCAAGGGGGGGCGCGAGAACCGGAUGCCCAUCCUCAUCUCCAAGAUCUUCCCGGGGCUCGCCGCCGACCAGAGCCGGGCUCUCCGGGUGGGCGACGCGAUCCUGUCGGUGAACGGGAACGACCUCCGGGAGGCAACACACGACCUAGCGGUCCAGGCGCUAAAGAAGGCAGGAAAAGAAGUGACGCUGGAGGUGAAGUACAUCCGUGAGGUUUCUCCGCUCUUCAAGAAACCGUCCCUGGUUGCUGACCUGCCAUGGGACAGCAUUCGCCCACAGUCACCCAGUUACAGCGGUAGUGAAGACUCCGGGUCACCUAAACACAGCAGCUCGUCCUCCUCCAAAGACAGAAAGGUCAUAAGCCUAAAGAUGUGCUUCAUCAGCAGGAACCUCACCAUGCCAGAUCUGGAGAACAGACUGUUGGAGCUUCACUCCCCAGACGGCCAGCACACGGUGGUGCUGCGCUGUAAGGACGCACCCACUGCCAACUCCUGGUUCACUGCCAUCCACACCAACAUUGCCGCCCUGCUGCCACAGACCCUAGCUCACAUCAACGCCUACCUGGGGGCCUCAUCCCCGGCCUCCACACACCCCCAUCUCAAACACAUCGGCUGGUUGGCUGAACAGGUCCAGCUGGAAGGUGGACGGCAGCAGUACAAGCCAGUUGUCAUAGCACUCACGGAGAAGGACAUCCUGCUGUUUGAGUCGGUGCCAUGGAAUAGAGAGUCCUGGUCCAUACCUCUGCUCACACACCCACUGCUGGCCACAAGACUGGUUCAUUCUGGCAACGCCCGAGGUUCUCCAGCCCAGGGUUCAGAGCUGGUAUUCGCCACUCGAACGGGCACAGGGCGGGGAAUCGAAUCCCACAUCUUCCGAGUGGAGACCCAUUGGGAUCUGUCUUCAUGGACACGAGCCCUCGUUCAAGGGGCGCACGCUGCCGCUGAGCUCAUCAAGGAGGUCUCCAUUGGCUGCACAUUGAACAGACAGGAUGUUCGCCUGACACUGCACUAUGAGAAGGGCUUCACUGUGACAAGGGAGCCAGCAGAUCCAGCUGGAGGUGCCGUGCUUUAUAGAUACCCCUACGAGAAGCUCAAAAUGUCUGCCGACGAUGGAAUACGGAACUUGUACCUUGACUUUGGGGGUCCAGAGGGAGAAAUGGUAUUUGACCUCCACUCGGGUCCAAAGCCGGUAGUGUUUGUUCUCCACUCCUUCUUGUCAGCCAAGCUCACUCGUAUGGGCCUUCUGACGUGAAACAACCACCAACAGCAGUGUGGAUGAGAGGAUGGGCCCGGGCACAGCAGGGAGGGUGAAGACGCUCCCAAAAUGCUGGCAUAAUACUGGCAAUUAUUUGUCUUGUUUUGUUUUGUUUUUUUGUUGUCGUUUUGUUUUCUUCAACUUCUCCAUUCACAGCUGAAGUGAGGCCCUGAAGUGGCACUGCAGGGGAGAUUUAACCCAGGAGCCAUGUUGUUGAUUGUCUCAAAAAUGUGCCUUCUCUUCCAGCUUCUCCUCAAUCUCUUGCAGUCAUAGAGUGCUGCAGGGAUGAUGUAUUUUUGUAGGCUAACACAGAAGUAAGCAUCGCCUUGGUUCCCUCAACAGAAACCCAUAGGAUUGUUCACUUGGAUUUAGGAUUAUUGCAAAAAGAAAAAAGGUCUGUGAUAAACACACUUUUAUGAUACUUACACAUUCCGUUCAGCAAGAUAACCUCCACAAAUGAACGCCACGUUUAAGGUUUUUAAGUGUAAAUGCAAUCGCCAGGAGUAAAAAGCUAAUGUUAGGCUAUAAACAAACUACAUCGUGGUCAAAUGACUUGAAUGUCUCCACCGCUGAGCUUCCUACUAAACUAUACUAUCCACACUUUACUAUAAAUUGAUCAGUGGAGAGGUUGUAAAGUUAGAAUAUCUCUGUAAAGAUGGAGUGGUGAGUAGAUGUUAAGCAGAAUGAUGUUAGCCACUUGUUGGCAGCCACCUUUUAUAGACGCUUUACAUUCACAUGUGGGGUAUUUACUUACAGUGUUUUAUGUUGAAGAAUAAAACAAGAAAGUCUCUUAAGCUUGUGUUAACCAAAGACCUUUUUCUAAUGCAUUUAACUGAAUUCAAAUUGAAAAAAAAACCCACUGACUUUGAAACGAGGGAAUCGGCAGUGAGACAUGCUAACUUAUUUCCAGGUUUUUUAGGAGUCAUUCCUGCAGCACUUUGGUGCAAUGCCAGGUAAAAGGAAGCAACACUUUGCUUGAAGUCACGAAUCAUAUAUUUCCCUGUGGUAAUGUAUCACAUUUCAUCACGAUUAUCUGAUAUGAUGUAAAAUCAAAGAACAAGAAAAAGGAGAAGCUAAAACAAACAGGGAUGCUGCGACGUGUGUAUGAGAUUCCAUUUGUGGACUUCAAGCAGAGUGUUAGUGAAAUAUAUUCAGGAAAGGAAGGAUUCUUUAAGACAAUUAAUACACAGCUGAGCACAGAUUGGUGACCGCUCCCUGUUUUUACUCUCUGCCUAUCAUUCCAUGACAGCCUUCCAACUGAUGUUUAUAAUGUAUUUGUUUAUGUCGACAUGAGUCAGAAUGCAGUUAGAGAUUGUGCGAAUGAAUCCGCGUGAGAGAGUGUGUGUGAGUGUGUCUGUCUAUCUAUACUACACGCUUCUGUUGGCUUGAUAGUGUGCCUGCUGUCUGACAGACUCACGUUUUAGCACAUUCUCCUAAGCUGCCGUUGUAAUCAGGAUUGCCAACUGUGCCUUUAUUCCAUGUAGACGACGACACUCUUUGUAAUGUUUCCUUUUUUUUUUUUAUUUCACACAAUAAGAGAGUGUUAAGCUUUCGACACGCGCGAGCAAUAGUAUUACUCUUAUAGUGUACACUAUGUUAUUUUGUCCUUUGUUUUAAAAAGUGUAUAUUUCAUGAUUGCAUGACUUCCUCACAUUGAACUGUGUGUAUCUAAUGAUGACGGUGUGUUACCUCCCGUCUUUGGCCUACACUACCACGUCUCUGUCUAUCACUGCAUUCCAAUUUGCUAGAGAUUAUUUACUUGUCCCUUGUUUCCUUUCCUACUUUAGCAUCUCUCUGACUAAGGACUGUUAAACAAGCCAUCACAUGAUACUUGUGAUGUAUUUUAAUAAUCCCAUAUACUAACAGUCAAAGACAUUGUACCUUAUACGAAGCCCUGUAGUAAAAAAAAAAAAAAAAUGAAGCCACUGUUUAUGUCAUGAAGCUUACUACAGUCUUUUCCUUCCAUUUUAGUUGCAAAAAGCUUGUUUUUAAGUUUGAGAAGAUAAUCUUUACUCAGUUUCCACUUACUGGCUUUCUUUUGAGCUUUCAGCCCCAUCUCUUGGUCUUUGCUCAGUUGUCAUGGAGAUUGAAGUGUGGAAAUUUAACAUGCGUGAUAAUAGAUGCUCAUAUUUUCAGGAAAUAGUGUCCCUGUCUCUGUUGGAAGAUGUUUUUGGCUGGCCUCUUUGUUCUUUCCGACAACUGACCUCUGACCCCUUCCCAUUCAAUGCCGCGACUGGGUUUGGACCAAAUUUUAAAGAAAAAAUAAUUCUUAGAAUUAGAAUGAAAUAAAUGUCAAUCAUGUUCUUGCCCUUUACCACCUAAGAAUAAAAGAAAAGUUCAAAUCAAAUGCAAAAGUUGGCUAAAAGUACCCUAUCCUCGAUAAAACAUGCUGCAUUUUUUUUUUUUUUUAAUUUUUUUAUCAUGAUCAGUUCUUUAACCGGUUUCAAACUGUGUCUCAGCAGGUGUGUGUUCAGCUCUGUUUCUGACCUGCAGCUGUCUGGGAUGCACUUUAACAAACUGUACUACCUCUGAUGCUGUCUUAGAUUUAAGAGCAUCUUUAAGUUUGCGAGUAGGAGUGAAAGUGAAGGACAUUUAUGUUUAUCACUCACCUGAGUUCAGAAUUUGAGUUUUAACAGAUUGACCCACCCCCCGGUGUUGACAGACAGUCCUUGCUGUUUUAAGUAUGUAGUGUAAGUGAGGCCACGGUGUGAGAACUGAGCAAACUAAAUUCACGAAUGGAUACUGUGAGGUACAGCGCAAAGCUCUCGAAAAGGCUUGUAAAUGGUUAUUUGUCAAAUUACUAUUCCCAAGAUCAAGAAUAAACCUUCAAGCUCCAAAGAAACUUUAUUAGAACUGAAGUCCCACUGCAGAUCUUGUGAUUUCUGUCGAUAGUAAAUGCCAUCAAAAGUAAAUUAGAGUUAUCUAAAUCCUCUCCCCUUCAGUUAAUCUGUCCAGUCCAGUGCCUGUUUUGAAACUUGACUCUUUAAUGAGUUCAACAUGACUGUAAUUUUUUAGAACCUUCACUUGGUUUAUAGUACAUGUUGCUAAGGUAAUCCUUCAGUAGAGCCUCUGUGUUCUUUUGGGCCUCCAGUACUGAAGCAUUGUGUCCACUGACUGUGCAACACAGGAAAACAAGAUAACACUUCUGUCUUCAGAUAAGGCACACAAUCGUCAGUCUGACUGACCUUGGUUCUAUUUUGGACUCUGAUGUCCUUGUGAUAGUUUGAACAACCUUAUUUGGCUCUUUUAUGAAAGUGAAAAUAUGUUAUCAUAUAUUUCCCAUGCUGUUUAGCUCUUUUUCAAGCUGUAGUUGAUUUGUGGCUGUGGUAAAAAGCAGCAGAAAACAUCAAUCAACAUCAGUAGCCUUUAUUUAACCAGGUAAAAAAACUUGUUGAGAUUUUAAAACUCUUAAAACAUCAUGAGUUAAGUUCUCCUGCAACAUUUGUCAAACGAUAGUGAAGUGUUGCACUCUAUCAUCCUCCCUUUGAAGUCCUAAACAGCCCGUGGACAAACAUAUUAUUUCCUAAAUCUUCCUGUGACAAGUUAUGUCUGUCUUUAUCACAAGAUAGCAGAGGUUGUUUUCCAGGGAUAACGAGAUCAUUUUGUAAAGAUCCCCAUGCAGUGAACUUGUUUCUGCUGAUCAUCCCAAUGCAACAUUUUUGUUUUGAGAAAACAAGAAAUAUAUAUUACCCAUGGCUGUUGAGGGCUUCCGUAACCUCUGAUUUACCAUCCUGAUAACUUUUCUCUGAUCAAAUCUGAUCAACCUUCAACAAGCAACAAGGCCGUCCAUGUUUGAGCUCGAUGCACUAACCAAUCAAACCCCUUUAAAUCUGUGAAUGUACACCUCCUUUCCUCUUCCAGAUGAUUAUUGUUAGCCUCCUUUCUCUUUUUGUACUGAAAUUGUUGCUAUCCUGUCUAUGUAAAGCAAUGCUUCAAAGACAGGGUUAUGAACCAAAGGUAAUAUCUGUGGCAGCUUGCGUCCAACACAAUCAUUGAACUGAAAGGUCACAAAAGGAUAAAGUGCUGCUGCAAUAACCUGUCAUAUGCAAAGUAUUUUAGACUUCCUUCCAAGACAUAGUAGACAAUGUAUUAUAGCAAUGUAAUAAUCUCAAAUGUAAAUACAUACCAAUAAAAUUGUUACAAAUGACAUAA